AUGGCCUGGCGUCAUGGUCUCAUGGUUCUGGGGCAAGAGGAAGUCCUGGCUGUGCGCCAGCAGGUCCCAGCCCAUAAAAUGGGGCAAGGAUUUCUCCUGUCCGCCAUAUCAGGGGCAAAUAUCAGGAAGCAGGCAGGGCAGCUCCAGACUGGCCGUGCUUGUUGGGGUGUGCAACAGGCACCAAAACGGGCAUGGGCACAAGGGCUGCCAGUUAAUUCUCCAGAGUGUGGCCAGGAACAGUGUGCGGCCAUUGCGAUAGGAUUUGAUUUAAACAGGAGAGUCCGGAACGAUAACAUUCAUUGGAGGAUUAUUCAGCUCGGAAGAAGCAUGUCGCCGUUAGCGCUAUGGGUCCUGAGCCUCAUGGCACCUGCAUUCUCCCUAACAACUGAGCAAGAAGCCCAGCAAUUUCUGAACAGAUUUAGCACGGACGCCGAGAAACUGGUCUACAAAUCCUCCCUGGCAUCAUGGACAUACAACACCAAUAUCACUGAUGAAAAUGCCGAUAAGAUGAUGCUCUACAAUAUAUUCCCGUUCUUGAAUUUGGCCCUGGGGCUUGUAAAUGUUCUACACAACAUCCAGGUGCCAUUGCUUAAUGCCCAGCUAUCUUGCAGGCAUUUCAACCUAAAUUCUACUUCCUUUUCAGGUGACAUGUGGGGAAGAUUUUGGGGAAACCUGUAUCCUUGGUCAAUUCCAUAUCCGUCCCAGGAAGACAUUGAUGUGACAUCUGAAAUGGUCAAACAGGGAUGGGAUCCAAAAAAAAUGUUUCAGAAGGCAGAUCUAUUCUUUCAAUCGUUGGGUCUUCAACCUAUGAAUGCUCAUUUCUGGAACUAUUCAAUGAUUGAGAAACCAGAUGGCCGUAAAGUUGUUUGUCAUCCAACAGCGUGGGAUAUGGGCAACAGAGUGGAUUUCAGGAUUAAAAUGUGCACCAAAGUUAACAUGGAAGACUUCUUGACUGUUCACCAUGAAAUGGGUCAUAUACAGUACGACAUGGAGUACGCUAAUCUGACCUACUUAUUGCGAGAUGGGGCAAAUGAAGGUUUCCAUGAAGGUGUAGGGGAGAUCAUGUCACUCUCAGCAGCUACUCCCAAAUAUCUGAAAUCACUGGGUCUUCUUUCCAAUUCUUUCACUGAAACAAACGAGAUUGACAUCAACUUCCUAUUGAAGCAAGCACUGACUAUAGUGGGCACCUUACCUUUCACAUACAUGAUGGAGCAGUGGCGUUGGGAAAUGUUCCGAGGAAACAUACCCAAAGAUCAGUGGAUGAAAAGGUUUUGGGAAAUGAAACGCAAGAUUGUUGGUGUUGUCGAGCCUCUGCCACAUGAUGAAACCUACUGUGACCCAGCUGCUCUCUAUCAUGUUUCCAAUGAUUACUCCUUCAUCAGAUACUACACAAGGACAAUCUACCAGUUCCAGUUUCACGAAGCUCUGUGUAAAGUUGCUGGCCACAAAGGUGAACUACACAAAUGUGCCAUCACCAACUCCACAGUAGCAGGCAAGAAGCUCAGUGAUAUGCUUAAAUUAGGGAAGUCUGAAUCCUGGACUAGAGCUCUCGAGAAGGUAACUAACCAAACCAGAAUGAAUUCUGCAUCACUGCUGAAAUAUUUUGAACCCUUGCAUACCUGGCUGAAGAAAAACAAUGCAGACAAUGGUCGAACCGUUGGCUGGGACACUAACUGGAGCCCAUAUAAAAAGGAUGCAAUUAAAGUACGGAUUAGUUUGAAGGCAGCCCUUGGAGAGAAUGCUUACACCUGGGACCUAAGUGAGAAGUACUUUUUCCAAGCAGCCGUCGCCUUUUCCAUGAGGAAAUACUGGGAGGAGUCUAGAAAACAGAUCGUCGACUUUGUGACGGAGAAUGUUUAUAUAUUCAAUGAAACAGAAAGGAUCUCUUUUUAUUUCAUUGUUGUCAAGCCAAAGAACCACACUGGAAUUGUUCCAAAGGCAGAGGUGACACAAGCUAUCAGAAAGAACAGAGAGCGGUUUAACAGCGCAUUUCUGUUGAAUGACGAGACACUGGAGUUUGUCGGUAUUGCGCCAACUCUGGCACCAAGAAGUGAACCUCCCGUGACAGUCUGGCUGAUUGUGUUUGGGAUUGUCAUCGGUCUGGUUUGCAUUGGAUUAACGAUCCUGAUCAUCAGUGGCAUUCGGGCAAGAAAACACAAAAAAGCACAAGACACCGAGAAUAAUGAGCUUCAAAAUACCAAAGAUUUACCGGCAGCGUCUUCUGAGGAGAUUGUGUUCGAAAAGGGGAUUAAGAACCCAGCUUUCACCACAGACACAUUGAGUACGGAGAUGUAAACUCAGCCAAUCCCACACAUUUUUUGAAUGUACUUGGACUAACUUUGGAACUUAUGGAAUUGUGUGCUGAAGCAUUCGGUGAAGUUCAAUUAAUGCAGUUGAUAUCUGGCAACAGAAUUAGCUCAAAUUUUUACAAAGUUUUGACUGUUUAACCUGGAUUUACUCAAGCGCAAUUUACCUACACCUCAGAUCCCCGAUAAAGAGGACUGUCCCUUCACGAAGCUGAUGAUCAGGACCCUCAGAUAUCAAGAGACAAACAAUCUCAUAGUACAGUAUUCAGCAACAGUGUAGACUUCCCAAAAUAUCAUCACAACGAGCACUUUGUCAUUUUCAGCAGUGAUAGAACAGAAUAUGUAGCUGAUUCCAUGACCAGUCCUGUUUAUUAUUUGACUGGAGUUGAGGAGAUGUCUGGCCUGGUUUUAUGCAGUAAGGAUUGGUGAAGGAGCAUGAGUUCAAGAUCCCUAAAAUGUUCAAUGCUGUGUCUGAAUCUUCCCCACACCGUCAAAUACACUGGACACCUUGGAGUCUUGUUUUCAAAUAGUACAGACUCCCUUCAUUGUAGCCUAAAUCUGCUGUAAUGGUUCUGGACAAAUAAAGAUAUAAAGGCAUCCCA